UCACCCGAUCCUAAGUAAAAUUUGUCGAUCUCAUCGAAAUAAAAUAUCUCUGUGUUUUCCGAUCUCAUCAGCCGUGUAUUUGCCGCACCGCCACACAUGUGAUAUUAUUUUUCGAUGUCAUCGAGUUAUGUAUUUUACGUAUAAACCUAAUAUAAUAAUAAGGCUGGAAUUUCGUAGCGUUGGAAUUUCGUAGCGAAGGUUUUAAUUUAUUUAAAUGGCGUCUAGAAGUUCACGAAGCUUUCGAGCUCGAAGAAAAGUUACUAUUAAUGUUGUUGGAGAAUACAAAAGAAAAGUUACAAAAAAUUGGUACGGUUCUAACAAUGCUGAAACUCAACCUUUAAAAAAAAACAAAGAUGUUGAUGACGAUGAGGUGUCUACCAGCAGCUCUCAGAACUACGAUAAUAAUAUAGUUAUCAAACAAUCAUUUUAUAAGAGAUUACAGCCUCCAUAUAAUGAUAUUACGAGGAAAAAGGCAGAAAAUUGGUGUGCAUUAAAAAAACAAGCAAUAGGUUUAAAGUUGCAAAGUUCAUCUGUAUCACUGUUAGCAACAAGAUGCACUGAUAAUGAAACUGGAAAAAAUACUGAACCCUUGUUAAACAUACCUUGUUGUAUGUGUGAUAAGGAUGACUCUAUAGAUCAAUUAAUACAGUGUCCGGAUUGUUCUUUUAUUUGGUAUUGCCGUGAGUGUUGGGAGCAUUAUCACCAAAAACUUUCUCUUUUUCAUAAAGCUCGUGUUUGGUGUUCACAGGUUGGGUAUUUUAAGCAAUAUAACUGUGCAAUGCGAGUCAUCAAGUCCUCUUCUUGUAAAUGUGUAAAUUCUUUGAACAAAGAAUUGAUUGUCUUUGAUUAUUCAGGUAGACAACAUCAGUCAUUGGUCGCUGAAUGUUUAUGUUCAUCUAAUAUUGUGGAUAUUUUGCUGGAGAAAAGUUUCUGGCCUAGUUCUCCUGUAAAUCCAUCUGCAGCAUUUAGCUAUGAGUUGAUGGAUUUGAUGGAAGCCUUGUUCCUAGAUGGAUAUGUUUCUGUGAAAUCAUUCUGUAAAGCAUUAUAUACUAAAUCAAAAGGAGAUGAUUAUAUCAAGAUUGACGCGAUAUAUAAAAUGGUAACUGGUGAAUGUUUUCUGAGCUAUCUUUUGUUUAAAAAUGAUUUAAAAACCUUCAAGCCAAGAUUUCAAAAUUUUCACAAUCUAUCUAUAUGUCCUGCAUGUCCUAAAGAGUCUGGUACAUUAGUUUUAUCCUUUGAUGCAUUGUUUGGAUUGGUGAGAAAGUUUUCAUCAGGGAAAAGUCAUUACGAGCCAGUACUUAAAAAUCUUUACCUGUUGGAUCAAUCUAUUGUUGAUCAAUUUGUUAGUAACUACAACUGUAAACUCUCAGUAGAAGAAUUAAAGACGUGUAAUGAUUUCAAGGCAAUAAACUCAUUACGAUCUAAAAAAUCAAAUGCAAAACUUGACGAAACAGGUGUUUUUGGAUGUUCUUGCAGACAUGAAGUACCUAGACAAUUUUUUAAUCUCAAAUCUGGUGAAAGUUUGGCUAAUGCGGUUUAUUUAAUAAACCAAAUACUUGAUCAAGUUAAAAAGGAGGUUAAUGUUGUGGUAAUGUAUGAUAUUGCAUGCAUGCUUGUUAAACAUCUUAAAAAACGAGGAAGUAAUAUCCUUGAUAAGAAUGUCUCCUUUUGUAUUCCUUCUUUUCAUGUAUAUGGUCAUAGAUCAGCUUGCCAGUUAAAAUAUUCCCCUAAAUCAACUGUUGGUAUAGGUAUUUCAGAUGGUGAAGUUAUGGAGCGUCUUUGGUCUGCCCUUAGAAGAUUUUCAAAAAUCACUAAAGAGCAAACACCAAGUCAUAGAGCUGAUACUCUUACACUGGGUUUACUUCAUUAUGCACAAUAUUCGAUUAAUUCAUUAAGUAGAAGACUAUGUGCUCGAAUCGACAAAGCUGUACAAAUUAAAGAUACUACUGAUAUUGAACUUGAAAAAACACUUAAGUCUAUUGGCGUUCUACAAAGAGAGGUUAUUCAAUCUUGGAUUGCAACAGAAAUUGAUAUGGAAGACUGUGGAAAUCAAAAAAAUGAUAAAGAAAGCGAUCUUGAAUGCUAUGUUUUAAUUUUGAAUGAUUGGUGGAAGUUAAGAAAAGAUAUUGAAACUACGACAAGCAAUCCAGAUAUAAACAUAGAACUAGAACGGCUUGAAAGAGAACUCAGUAUUAAAGAGAAGAAAUUAAAAAUAAAUGUUCGGUGGGAUCCAAUCAAUGCUUUUUUUAAGGACACCUUAGCAACUGUCUUUGAAAGAAAAAAGAAUAAUAUUAUGCUAAAAAUGCAAUCUUUUGCAUUUCAAAAGUUAUUUCUUGGUAAUUUGAAAAAAAAAUACGCAGACGGCCAGAAAAUUGCUAUAAAGCUUACUAAGCAGCUGAACAAAAAUAAUAAGAGUUUGCAAGAUCUGAUCAAGGAGUAUAAUUCUAUAGUUUUAAUUUAUCCCAGCAAGUUUUUAAAAAAUGUAGUUGUUUGGGACGAGGUUGGUGAUUUGGAGAGUGUUUUUUGGAAAAAUUAUUGGACACAAAAAAGUUCCGAUUUCGCCAUCCCCGUAACAGUUAAACGAAAGUGUAUUGAGUUGUUCCAAUUGAACUGUAGAGCUAUCGAAGAAAUCGAAAUGGUUAAAAGCGAAAUGAAAAACGUAAUAAAUUUUAACCAAGCUAAAAUAAAUGAAUUUAAGCUCUCACAUUACUUGAAGAUAAUACUGAAGAUAAUGGGUGGAAAGCAAGAUUACUGAAUGAAAUAGAUGCUUUAACUUUUAAAACAAAUUGUUUUUCUGAGGCUUUUUGUCCUUAUCUUAAUUCGGAUACUUCAAGUGAAAUAAAGACUCUGUUGUUAAACGACUUUGAAGAUGAAUUAAGUAGUGAAUCGGAUGAUAGUGAUUUAGAAUUUGAAUAAAUGUUUACCAUUAUAAUAAAACAUACUUUAUUUAUUUUAUAUUAUGUCGGAUGAAUGCAUAACACCGCGGGAGCCAAGCGGUGAUGACCUGCACAGUUUUAUAGCAAUAAAUUAAUUUUUUUUUUUGUUUAAAUCUAUUUCUGUAUUAAUAA